UAACUACCCAAUUUCCGCCAGUCACGCCCACGGCCUAUCCUUUUUCGUUCUUUUUUCCUUAUUUAAAGCCCCAACCUAAUCCUCCUCACAAGUUUGAAUUGUGUACGUUUUGGCUGCUGAGAAAAUUUUGUUUACUGACCCAUAUACAAAAAAUGGACCUUGAAUCAGUGAGAGACUCUUUGAUCAGGCAAGAGGAUACCAUCGUUUUUAGCCUCAUUGAGAGGGCCAAAUUCCCCAUCAAUUCUUGGGCCUACUCUCCCCCUCAGAAUGGAGUUGAUGCUUUUUCUGCCUCCUCUUUCCUUCACUCCUUUGUCAGGGAAUCCGAGGCUCUUCACGCUAAGGCCGGUAGAUAUGAGAACCCAGAAGAAAAUCCCUUUUUCCCAGAUGAUUUACCACCUUCAAUGGUGCCAACCCAUGAUUAUAAGCAGGUUUUGCAUCCUGCAGGCUCUUCCAUUAAUGUAAACAAGACUAUAUGGGAUAUAUACUUAAACAAACUGCUUCCAUUGUUUGCUGCUGAGGGCGAUGAUGGCAACUAUGGACUAACUGCAGCUUGUGAUCUUGCGUGUUUGCAGGCCAUCUCUAGAAGGAUUCACUAUGGAAAAUUCGUGGCCGAGGUUAAAUUCAAGGAAUCCCCAGAAGAAUAUGGGCCUGCAAUCCAUGAUCAGGAUAGAGCAGGUCUGAUGAAAAUGUUGACAUUUGAGAGAGUAGAAGAGAUGGUGAAGAGAAGGGUGGAGAAGAAAACUAUGGUUUUUGGACAGGAAGUGAGCCUGAGCAACGAUAGCAAAAGCAAAGAAACCUAUAAAGUCGAUCCCUCCGUGGUUUCUCGGCUGUAUGAAGAAUGGGUGAUGCCACUCACCAAGCAAGUCCAAGUUGAGUAUCUUCUUCGCCGGCUUGACUGAAAUCCUGGGGAGUAGUUUGUAUGCAUAAUUUUGAUCAAUUUGAUCAUCAAGUAAUACUUGUUGCAAAAUAAAAUGCAGUUGAUGUAUUUGCCAAAAGAUAUCUCUGUAUUUGCUGAUGAAGAACCAUCAAAUUUUAUAUGAAGAUGUAUUUAGGCAUAUGGCAUUAUAUUUGUGUUACAAAUAUAUGAAUAAAAAGAAAGUUUCAUUAC